UGCUCGCUGUCGUUCGACUGCAGGGGCUCGCCGAAGGCUCGCUGCGAGCCGAGUGUCUCCGUCACAUUCGCUCCGGGUUCUGUCCAGCUCCUCCUGCGCGUGCGUUCUGUCCAGCUCCUCCUGUGCGUGCGUGCGUGUAUCCGUGCGCCCCCCUGAUACAGGAAGUGCUCCCUCCUCCCAGAUCGGCCUGCCGGGAAAUGGAAGGUGCCGGACACUUCGUGAGACUCAUGUCAGAUGACAGCGAUGCCUCAGGCCCCACUGCACCCGAGAGCUUCCAGCCAUGGCAAGGGGACCACCGGGGCCUGCAAGAUGAGGGGCCGAACAGGGGCCUGCAAGAUGAGGGGCCAAACAGGGGCCUUCAAGAUGAGGAGCCAAACAGGGGCCUGCAAGAUGAGGGGCCAUACAGGGGCCUUCAAGAUGAGGGGCCAUACAGGGGCCUUCAAGAUGAGGGGCCGAACAGGGGCCUUCAAGAUGAGGGGCCAUACAGGGGCCUUCAAGAUGAGGGGCCAUACAGGGGCCUUCAAGAUGAGGGGCCAUACAGGGGCCUUCAAGAUGAGGAGCCAUACAGGGGCCUUCAAGAUGAGGGGCCAUACAGGGGCCUUCAAGAUGAGGGGCCGAACAGGGGCCUUCAAGAUGAGGGGCUGAACAGGGGUCUUCAAGAUGAGGAGCCAUACAGGGGCCUUCAAGAAGAGGGGCCAUACAGGGGCCUUCAAGAUGAGGGGCCAAACAGGGGCCUUCAAGAUGAGGGGCCGAACAGGGGCCUUCAAGAAGAGGGGACCUACAAGGGCCAGCAGAGUGAGGGGCUCCACAGACAUGAGCAGGAAGUCUUCCCUGUGCGUGACUGGGACCCCAACCUGCCCCUCAAAAACCUGCCCCUGUCCAUGCAGGAGAAGAGGAGCACCAGGGACCGGAGACAGCAGCAGAGGCUGAGCAUUGGCUGCUGGGAGUCGUGGAGGCGGAGCCAGCGCAUCGCUAGGAGACGGUUAUGGGAGCAGGUUGUCAGGGCGAUAUGUGGCCUGCAGCCUUGGAGGAAAACCUUACAUACCAUCGAGGGUAAGUUUGGCAUGGGGGUGAAGGCGUACUUCACCUUCCUGCGUUACCUGCUGUACCUGAACCUGAUGCACUCUGUCCUCAUGAGCGGAUUGGCCCUCACACCUGCACUGCUGAACAGGGACGAGCACACACCCCGGGGUUUCCAAGGCAACGACUCUGUUCUGGAUCUGCUACUGGGCACGGGGUUCCUGCAGCGCUCUCCCGUCUUCUACAGCUUCUACCCCCCCGUGCUCCUCAGCGGGCCCUGCCUCAGCUCCCCGCUGCUCUUCCUCCUGGCCAUCGCCUCCCUCCUCAUCCUCAGCGUCAUCAUGGUGGUGCGGAGGACAGUGAUUGGCUACAAGCACACAUGGAUGCUGGGGAGCAGCUAUAACCACCACAUGAGCUACAAGGUCUUCUGCGGCUGGGACUUCUGUACCCAGGAGCCCAAGACCGCCCUGCUCCAGCACAGCUUCCUCCGCAACGACCUCAAGCUGGCGCUGGAGGAGGAGCGGUUCCACCAGCACGUGGCCCAGAGGACGUGCCAGCAGCGGGCGCGGCUCUACUUCCUGCGGGGGCUGCUCAACUUCCUGGUCAUCGUGCUGCUUGGCGGGUCCUUCUACCUCAUCUACUACGCCACCGUGAUCUCACAGGGAGAGAAACCUGUCUCUUGGAUCCUCAGCCUGCUGGUAGAGUACCUCCCUCCCAUCACCAUCACCAUGGUGAACUUCCUGCUGCCGUACCUGUUCUGCAGCAUCUCCGGCUUCGAGGAUUACUCGCUCACUGUGCAGGUCAACAUCACCCUGGUCAGGAGCAUCAUCCUCAAGCUCGCCUCUUUGGCCAUCUUCCUCUUCUUCCUCCACCGGAACAUCAAAUCUGCUCAGUGCUGGGAGAACCAGUUUGGGAAGGAGAUGUACAAGCUGGUGGUGUUCGACUUCCUGGCCUGCGGGUUAAACGCCGUGCUGGUGGAGUGGCCGAGGAAGCUGCUGGUGGAGAGCUACCCAUCAUGCUCUCUGUUGCGGGCGUUGGGGAAGCCGACGUUCCUAGUACCCUUCAACGUGCUGGACCUGGUGUACAGCCAGACGGUCACCUGGGUGGGGCUGUUCUACUGCCCCCUGCUGGCCCACAUCAGCCUGCUCAAGCUGCUGAUCGUCUUCUACAUCAAGAAGUUUGUGCUGUUCCGGUGCUGUGAGCCAGCUCAGAGGAUGUUUCGAGGGUGUCAGUCCUCAGUGCUGUUCCACUUCACCCUGCUGCUCGGGCUGCUGACCGCCCUGGUGGCACUGGUCAUCAAUGCCAACAUCCUCCAGCCGUCCCGAGACUGCGGCCCGUUUGCUCACGGCGACUCCCUCUUCAACGCCACGGCCGCGUGCGUGGACACCCUCCCCCCCCCUGUCCAGCGCGCCUUCAGCUACUUCACCUCGGAAGCCUUCGCCCUGCCUCUCAUCCUGGUGGAAAUCGUCUUCCUCACAUC